CCGAGCCGCGCCGAGCCGAGCGCCAGCCAGACUCCGCGGGGUCCCCUCGGGUCGGGUCGGGUCGGACCGCCCCAUUGCCGAGCCGAGCCGGCCGCGUUGAGCACCGAGCACCGCGACCGUCGCGAGACCCAGCAGCCCAGCGCCACCUCCUGCACUUGUCGUGGCGAUUCGCGACUUCGCGAGGCGGGAGGGAAUUUCCCCUUGCCUUCCCUGGCGCCAGUUCCUUCGGCGGGAACCUAGUGGCGGAAACGGAGCGCGACUGAACCGGCCUAGGACUUUCGUGCAAGAAACGUGCAAGUGUCUGUUUCGUCGUCUGUGCAGUGUUGUUGUUGUGCGUUUGGACGGCGUCCUGUGUUGACAAACAGUGUUGUGUUUUGUGAGAGUGCAUCGUCGUGACGUCGAGAUGAUCAUCUGCGGCGGCAUCUGGUACGACUGGUGAAGAACGUGAAGAAAGAAGCCACUCGACCAGUCCUGGUCACUGGCCGCGCCACUCCGCGCCACGCCCGCACCACCCCUGCAGCACCCAUGCUGAGGAUGGAAAAGAAGAGCGCAGCGAGGGGGGGAGUCUUGUUCGCUGCCUUCGCGAGAUACCUCAAGUUGGGGACGAAAGCCGGCAAGCUGAAGCGACAGCACGUGGUCGCGAUCCAGCAGCAGACCGCUCCGCCGGCGCCACCGCCGCUGCCGCAGCAGCCCCCGCAGCCGCCCAGCAGCCCGCCGGCCCCUGCCACGGCCGCCCCCGCGUCUCACGUGUCGACGCAGCCCCCGGCGCCCCCGGCUGACCGCAUGUUGGUGCCGCUGAUAGCCAUCACGAUGACUCCCCCUCGCGGGCCGACGGGAGCCCUGGAGAGGGCGCAGCCGCCGCCCAGGACGGAGGAGGCGGUGUCGCCGGCCACGCCCGCGCCCGCCCCCGCGGACCUGCCCCCCGCGGUCAGCCCCACCGCGGCCCCGACCGCCGCGCGGCCCGGGAUGCACCAGCGCCAGGCCCGGCCCAGCCCGCGGAACGGGCAUAGCAAUGUGCAGGCCAACGGGCAGCCCACCCCCGCCAGCCAAGCUGCGCAGGCGGCACUGAAGCGCACCCCCAAGGAUUUCAUCUUUGGGAAAGUCAUCGGGGAGGGCAGCUUCUCUGUGGUCUAUUUAGCCAAAGACAUUCAUACCAAUAAAGAAUAUGCAAUAAAAGUAUGUGACAAGCGUCACAUUAUCCGUGAGAAAAAGACUGAAUAUAUAAAGCGAGAGAAGGAAGUGUUAAAUCGCCUGGGCUCAAACCAAAGUCCUGCAGCCCCUUUCUUUGUGAAAUUGUUUUGCACAUUUCAAGAUACAGAUCGCCUUUAUUUUGUUUUGUCAUUUGCGAAGAGAGGAGAACUUUUACCCUACAUCAAUAAAGUAGGGUCAUUUGAUAUUGAAUGUACAAGGUUUUAUGCAGCAGAAAUUUUAGUUGCUCUUGGCCAUGUACAUAGCUUAGGGGUAAUUCACAGGGACCUUAAACCAGAAAACAUUCUCUUGGAUGAAAAUAUGCACAUUCUCAUCACAGACUUUGGCUCAGCCAAGAUGUUCAAUGAAAGUGAGAAGGAAUCUGAUGAAGAAGAAAAUUCUAUGAGACAGAGAAGAAAUAGUUUUGUUGGUACAGCCCAGUAUGUUUCACCUGAACUGCUUACUGACAAAUCAGCAUCACACUCAUCAGACCUGUGGGCCCUUGGAUGUAUUAUUUAUCAAAUGGUUGCUGGUCUUCCGCCUUUCUGGGCAAGAUCAGAAUACCUUAUUUUUCAAAAAAUUCUUAAGCUAGAAUAUGAAUUUCCUGAUGGCUUCUCACCUAGUGCACGUGACCUUGUUGAAAAAUUACUGGUUCUGGAUCCCAAGCAAAGAUUAGGUGCCAAUGACCCUCCUGGUGAGGGGUACCCAUCAAUACGGGCACAUCCAUUUUUCCAAGGAAUAGAUUUUAGAAAGCUCAGUGAAACCAACCCGCCUCCUAUCUACCCAUACUUACCUGGGACAUCGGAGCAUGAAGAACUGAGAAGUCACUAUAGGGUACCUGAUCAUUUAGAACCUGGUCUUGAUGAUAGACAAUUAACAAGAUUAUUAGGGCUAGAACUUCAAAAUAAUAGUAGUGGUUCAGAACCUGAACCUCGUAAAUCAUCUCCAGAACCCACUAGUGCCCCAGUAGUCAAUGAACCUCAAAGAAAAAUUAGCCGUGAGAAAAAAGUUUCUAUUGCACCAAGAAAAAGGCACAUUUCAUUACAAGAACUUUCACCUGAAGAUAUUGCACAGAGAUUAGAGAAACAAAUGAAAGAGAAUCAGUGGCAUCAAUUUACAGAAAACAACUUAAUUUUAAAGCAAGGCCUGGUUGACAAACGAAAGGGCUUAUUUGCUCGCCGAAGAAUGCUACUUCUUACGCAGGGCCCACACUUGUAUUAUGUUGACCCUGUUAAUAUGGUUCUUAAGGGUGAAAUUCCUUGGAGUAAAGAGCUUAGAGUAGAACCCAAGAAUUUCAAAAUCUUCUUUGUACACACUCCUAACAGAACAUACUAUUUGGAAGAACCCGAAGGGUAUGCCUUAGAGUGGUGUAAAGCAAUAGAGGAUGUACGAAUUAGUACAUAUGGUGUAGAUUCAUGAAAAUGACUGCAGCAGCAGGAUCUGCUUAGGAAAAUUUGUUGCCAACAGUUCUUUAUGAAUAUUAGCUAGGUAUACCAAUACCACGGACUGUUUUAAAAUGAGUGAUAUUUUAUUUUAAUUGGUUAUUAUAAACCUAUGUAUAUUCCCGGCAUUUGUUAAAUUGAAAAUUUGAAAUGUAGCUUAAAUUUCUGAAGCUAAAAUUCAAGACUAGAUUGUUUGCUAAUGUACUUAAACAUUAUUUUCUUUUCUCUCCUGUCCUAUAUACAUUCAUAUAUACAUAGGUUUACAUGCUGUUUGUUGAAUCAUUGAGCAAAAACAAAUUGAUUUUUUGCUUCCCAAAGUUUUGCUGCGGUCCCCUGGGUCCCCCAACUCCUCCCCUUUUUUUUAUAAAAGACCAAUACAAUCUUACUAGCCAAUUUAUAUCAGUAUUAUUAAAUAUUUUGUCAGUAAAUGUUAUUGUUGAUUUGCCAUGUAAUUGCAUUGUUGUAAAUUAAUUUAUUUCCUUAAUUGUAACUUGAUCAAUAAUUUAUUCAGGUUAAUUAUUAACAUAUUUGCUUGUUUUGUGCUGUUACCAUAUUAUAAGUAGCUACACUUGUUUAUCACAUGUGGCUUGUAAUAAAUUCAAUUAUGUAAUUGUUAUUUAUAA